AUGGUUACUGAAGACAUGCUUCCUAAACAAGUCUUCGAAACUGUUGUAAUUUCAUUCGCUAUUGGCGCUGUCGUAAUUUUCUGUUCGACAUUGAGAAUUGGAUAUACAUUGAUGGUUGUUUAUUCAAUGUCUUGCACUUGUUUGUUGAUUAUGGGUAUCAUGUACAUCACAGGAUGGUCUAUUGGUACAAAUGAAGCUAUCAUGAUCUCAAUCGCUGCUGGUUUCUGCGCUGAUUUCAUUAUUCAGCCAAUGCUUGCUAUUGCUCAUGAUAAGUCUAAUAGGUCAUUGUUCGGAAAGAUCCAGUAUUCUUUGGUUUCUUUCGCUACCCCUGUUUCUUCUGCUCUUGUUACUACAUUGGUCGCUGCUUGCUUCCUUUAUCCUUGCGCAAUUCUUUUGUUCCCACCUUUCGCUUCUUUCCUUCUCGGAUCUGGCGUUUUCGGUAUUUUGCACGGUUUCGUCAUCCUUCCUACUCUCAUUGCCUUGUUCUCAUUUGAAAAGUCUUCGAAAUCAAGCAACAAAAAAGAUGAAGUGUAA